UCUGGUUAUGGUCACAGUUUCGUUCCAAAUUCCGAAGCGAGAGAUUGUCGUGGGAGGUUGUUGCGCGCGCCCCGUUCGCAUUUAUGUGUUUUUAUCGUGAUUCUGUCAACCGAAAUCAUAUGUUUUUAGCCAGGAGAGAGACGGCAGAAAAACGGGCGCAGUUCUGCGGUGGAAAAUCGAAAAUUAACCAGCGCACAGCACACACAGUGAUUAAAUAUUGAAAUUGAUGCGAAUUGAGUGUGAAUCAAAAUAUGGUUAACCAUUCGAAAACCGUGAAAUAAAAACGUGAACAAAACCAGAAAAUUGUUAUCGCUCUCUGUCUCUUUCGCCCUAUCGCAUCUCUCUCUCUCUCUGCGAUUUGCUCUCCGUGUGUUUAUGUCUCAGCUGUCCGAGUGUGUGUGCGGCCAGUGUGUGUGUGUGUGAACGAACGUGCAAGUGUUUGUGAUUUUAUGUUGUUGUUUUGCUUGCUUUCGCGUGAAUUCAACAAGAACAACAACAACAAAGGCAACGUCCAACAACAAAUUUAAAUUGAGAUUCUCCAUUAAAUCUAAAGUUACAGGCGCCUAAUUUCCAUAUACCAGUCUGAAGUCGGUCUGAAGUGCUAUCCUGGACUUUCUUUCCUUUUUCGCAACCGCCUGGCCUCAUCAAACAUCAAAUUAAUUGAAAUUGUUUUUUAUAUUUGCUUCACAGCCACACGUUGAGCCACUUACAGCCAGAACUCCGAGCAACGCGCACAAAAACCAUUGGAAAAAUCCUCACGCACAAUGAAAAACGACGUCGUGCGAUGGAGCAGGCAGCCAACUAGCAACAUCAAUAGCAGCAACAUUAGCAGCAGCAAUUGUAGAAGCAGCAGCAGCAACAGCAACAGCAGCAACAUCAGCAGCCACAAACACAGAAGCAAAAGCAACAAAUUAAAUGCUCGACAAUUAGGGCCACAUGCUGCCAGAAGUUGUCGGCAGAGAGAAGAAAAAGAAGAAGAACAACUAACAAUCAUUGAAUGUGAUAUAGGAAAUUUCAAUUUCGAUUGCAAUUUAUUCAAAACUAGUUUUUUAACGCACCACAAACCGAAACUUAGUGGCAACAGCAAAAGCAGAAGCAGAUGCAUCAACAGCAGCAGACACUUGGCGAAAACGAAAGCUGUAUUGCUGUUAGCUCUGCAAUUUAGUGCCGUAGUUUUUUUAUGUAAUUUUAAUGUCGGUUUCGUGGCCGGAAGUGUGGCAACGGCGGCAUCAUCAGCAAGCGGCUCAUCACCAUCGACCUCAUCCCCGCCCGCACCACCAGCUGCACCACCGCCGCAGCCACCGUCAUCGCCACUCAAAGUGGAUCCAAAUGGCCAGUCGCCAGUGCUGCCGCCCUACAUUCUCGACUAUGAGACGGGGGGCAAGGCGAAGUUAACGCCCAACAGCGGGAAGUACGGCCAAUCGGGGAGUUCCGGGAGCAACAACCAAAUCGUCGGACACUACACCCACACCUGGGCGGUUCACAUACCGAACGGCGAUAAUGGCAUGGCCGAUGAUGUGGCCAAGGAUCACGGUUUCGUCAAUUUGGGCAAGAUCUUCGAUGAUCACUACCACUUCGCACAUCACAAGGUCUCGAAGCGGUCGCUCUCACCCGCCACUCAUCACCAAACUCGCCUAGACGACGAUGAUCGUGUCCACUGGGCGAAGCAGCAGCGGGCCAAGUCGAGAUCCAAGCGGGACUUCAUCAGGAUGCGACCUUCAAGGACCUCCUCAAGGGCCAUGUCGAUGGUGGACGCCAUGUCCUUUGACGACUCCAAGUGGCCGCAGAUGUGGUAUCUGAACCGUGGUGGUGGUCUGGACAUGAAUGUGAUACCCGCCUGGAAGCAGGGCAUUACCGGCAGGGGCGUGGUGGUUACCAUCCUGGACGAUGGCCUGGAAUCGGAUCAUCCUGACAUAACGGAUAACUACGACCCCAAGGCCUCGUACGAUGUGAACAGCCACGAUGACGAUCCGAUGCCGCACUACGACAUGACGGACUCGAAUCGCCAUGGAACGCGCUGUGCCGGCGAGGUGGCAGCCACGGCGAACAAUAGCUUCUGUGCCGUGGGCAUUGCCUAUGGAGCCAGUGUGGGUGGAGUGAGGAUGCUGGACGGCGAUGUCACCGAUGCGGUGGAGGCUAGAUCACUAUCACUGAAUCCUCAGCACAUCGACAUCUACAGCGCGUCGUGGGGACCCGAUGACGAUGGCAAGACAGUGGACGGACCCGGAGAGCUGGCGUCCCGUGCCUUCAUCGAGGGCACCACCAAGGGACGCGGCGGCAAGGGCAGCAUCUUCAUCUGGGCCUCCGGCAAUGGUGGGCGAGAGCAGGAUAACUGUAACUGCGACGGCUACACGAACUCCAUCUGGACGCUGUCCAUCUCCAGUGCCACGGAGGAGGGACAUGUGCCCUGGUACUCGGAGAAGUGCAGCUCCACGCUGGCCACCACCUACAGCAGCGGCGGGCAGGGCGAGAAGCAGGUGGUCACCACGGACCUGCACCACUCGUGCACUGUCUCCCACACGGGCACCUCGGCGUCGGCCCCGCUCGCCGCUGGCAUAGCCGCCCUGGUGCUGCAGUCCAACCAGAAUCUCACCUGGCGCGACCUGCAGCACAUUGUGGUGCGCACCGCGAAGCCGGCUAAUCUAAAGGACCCCAGUUGGUCGCGCAACGGGGUGGGGCGGCGGGUGAGCCACUCCUUUGGCUACGGAUUGAUGGACGCCGCCGAGAUGGUGCGUGUGGCCCGGUCUUGGAAGUCGGUGCCGGAGCAGCAGCGGUGCGAGAUCAACGCCCCCCAUGUCGACAAGGUCAUUCCACCUCGCACUCACAUCACCCUGCAACUCACGGUCAACCACUGCCGUUCGGUCAAUUAUUUGGAGCACGUCCAGGCCAAGAUCACGCUGACCUCUCAAAGACGCGGAGAUAUCCAGCUGUACUUGAGGUCACCGGCCAACACCAGUGUCACGCUCCUAACGCCUAGGGUCCAUGACAAUUCCCGUUCCGGUUUCAACCAGUGGCCCUUCAUGUCGGUGCACACCUGGGGAGAAUCACCACAGGGCAACUGGCAGUUGGAGAUCCACAACGAGGGUCGCUAUAUGGGCCAUGCUCUGCUCAGGGAAUGGUCACUGAUCUUUUAUGGGACCACUCAGAGCAUAGAUCCCAACGAUCCCAUCUCGGUGCCCAGGCCUAGUGGUUCGGAGGCAACCACACCGAAUAGCAGCAGCACCACCAGUAAUCUGCAUCAAGCCUAUUCACCCCAGUACCCACGCAUUCCGCCCAAUAACUUUGGUAGCUCACCAUCUGGAGGGUCCAAGUUGCCGCUGGGCAAAGUGCCUCCGCCAAACAAGUCGACAUAUGUGACCAACAAUCCGCUGCUGAAUCCUGCAUCACCCAAACAGGGUUACCAACAGAUCUCUGCCACAUAUGGUGUGAUCUUGGGUAAAGCAAAUGGAAAGGCUAACAAUAAUAGUAAGGAGAAGACUAAUAACAAGGGAAACAAGGCUAAUAAUGGUAACAAAGGAAAAUCUGGCGGAUCGGGUGGUGGUAAUCGCAAGGAACAAACCACCCAAAGCUCUAUUAUUCAGACAACCACUAGUAAAAAUAAGUACUACCGCAUUUCUCAACAACAGCAGCAAAAGAACAAUAAACAGGAUAGAAAUGGAGUCCAAACCCAAAGGCCUAAGGCAAAUUCCGGCGAGAAAUCCUACGAUGAGAAGAGCCGUAAAGUGGUCGGCGAGAUCACGACAACCAAUGGCUCCAACGGAUCCAUCAAGGCAGCCAAGCAGGUGAAGGAGAGUACCACUUCCUCCUCGUCCUCGAAUUCCCGUAUACCCAAACUAUUCGAGCGCUAUGAAAAGAUACAGGCUAUAUUCCCGGAACUGGAACCCUAUGAAAAUAGUUCACCCAAGGGAAAGGCGAAGCAGGCCAAGCAGGGAAAGCAAUUCGAGGUGGAGCUCUUCAGACCCACCACUGGGGGAAACAGUCGCCAGGGAAACACGAAGAAAUCACCAUCGGUGCCGCCGCCUUCGCAAACGAUGGCAACCCUUUCCAUUUUGCCCAUCCUGCCCGCAGGCGGAAGUAGUUUCCUUCCCGACCAGAAGAUCCUGAAGAAGCAGCAAUUACUGAUGGCUGCCGCAGGAGUGAUGGCUCCUGCCCAGGUGGAGGUGGAAAUGGAGGAGGUUCAGGCCACUCCUGAUUACGAGGAACCAAGGGACCACCGAAAGGAGGUCAACGGACCAAAUGCACAAAUCACACAAUGGGACAUGAUAUUCUACGGCACCGAAACCCCCGCUCAACCCGAGGACGUGGCCAAUCCCAGCCAGUCGAACCAGUUCAAUCUGUACGGCAAUGACAUGGCCCACAACGACAUCGAGUACGAUUCCACCGGCCAGUGGAGAAAUAUGCAGCAGGUGGGCGAGGUGGGCAUGGCCCGAGAUCACAGCAACACCGCCGCGUGCCUUAAGUGGAGCGAUCGCAAGUGCUUAGAGUGCAACGAAACCGCUUUUAUGUACGAGGAUCUGUGCUAUGAUGUCUGCCCCGUGCACACCUAUCCAAUUGAUAAAUUUGAAGUGGACGAGGAAGAUCUGGACGACGAUGUGAGCAGAGGACCUGUGAAUCCCUACAGCAGUCCCACAACCGAUCAUCCCUCUAUGAUGUCCAACAGCAUAGACGACAAGCAGGAUCCUCUGCAGGCGGAGGACCGUCGUCGUCGUCGAAGUGGCAGUUUCACCACCCUCACCCCGCUGGUUGAGACACCUGCUCGGAUCUGUGCCGUGUGUGACCGGAGCUGCUUGGCCUGCCAUGGACCUCUGGUCUCCCAGUGCAGCACUUGCUCCGCGGGCAGCCAACUCCGGAAGAUCUCAAACGAGACCUUCUGCUAUGCCUAUGUGGUUCGCAGCACGGGAAUGGCCAGUGUGGUGGAAAUGUCUGAAAUGGGUGAUCGCAGUACCCAACAAUACAUGACUGGCACCACUGUGCUUCUCCUGGUUUCGGUGGUCUUCACCCUCAUGGGCGUGGCAGUUGCCGGAGGCAUCGUCUAUCAUCGGAGGGCAAUGGCCCGGUCCAACGAACUCUACUCCCGAGUAUCUCUGAUGGCCGGCGACGAAAGUGACUCUGAUAACGAAGACGAACUAUUUAGGGCACAUUUCCUGGGGAAAAAGAGUGAUGUGAUUGAAUAUCGCGAUGAAGCGCCCAGCGAAAAGAUCUUCGAAAAAGAAGAGAUCAGUCAUUUUGUGCCCUAGAUAAUCAUAUUAGUUAGGACAUGCAUUUAGCCACCUUCAUAACCACCAGAAAUAUUAUAUAAAUCCUAAGCCACGGACAAUCACAUGUUUGGUUUAAAUUUUGUUACACUCGACGGCAUUAUAGCUCCUUGAUUUCAAGCCAAAAUAGAUUAAAAGUAUUAAAAAAUCAAAAAA